CCUCAGGAGCGCGGCCCGCAAUGUACUAUCGAAUUUUUAACUGGGUCCCAAAAGCGGUCAUUUUUCUUGUUCCCGUAUGAUGAAACACAAGAAUACUCUCACCCUACUCUGCGCCACCAUCCUGCAACUUUAAUGGGCAUUACGGGAAGAAGAGAGAGAAUAUGUUCUACCUUUGAAUCCCACUCAUUUCUUUUUCGAUUCCAUUAUUUUUCCCUGUCUUUUCUCUCCCCGCAGCAAUCACCCCUUUGCCUUUUUGUUUUUUCCUCGUUCAUACGGUACUCUCCGUUGCUCUCGUUGCUGCUGUUCUUCUUCGGCUCCUUCGUAGCUGUUCUACUUCGCUCCUCGAAGGCCUGUUGGAUCGGAAGUUUGGACAUUUUGAUCGGAAGUAACGAGGGAGCUCGCUAGCUGUGAAGGUCGUUUGGCUGGAUUUCGCUCAAAUCCGGCAUAAAUCCUGCUACCAAACAGCCCCUUAUGAUUCAUCUGGCUUUGCGUGAGAUGCUUUACGUCAGACCGUAGAUUACAAAACAGUAGCAAACAUAAUGGGUGCUUUGAACUCCAAAAAUGAUGGAAACAAAGCUCUACUUCUCUGUAAAGAGAGAAUGCGAUACAUUAAACAAGCAGUAGAUUUAAGAUAUGCUCUAUCAGCAGCUCAGCUUUCUUACACCCAGUCCCUUCGAAAUGUAGGAGCUGCACUACGAGAAUUUGCUGAAGCUGAGAUUUCAGUGGAUCCAUCACAAUCAAAUUUUGAGUUGGAACAAGCGCUUUCGCAUUCAUCUUAUGCUUCACCGUCUCCAUCCCUUAUUCCUGAAAUACUUAGUUCACCACAUGAUGGAAGUCUUGUUUCCCCUCGGCUCUCUAAUGUUAGCUAUAUGAGGGCGGCAGGGAGCACUUCUGUAAAGGUCACAGUUGAGUCAUCACCAAAUCAUUAUCUUGAAGAGGAAGGAGAUGAGAGUCUUACUUUUCCGGUGCCUCCACCACCUCCAUUCCCGGAGAUUGGCACUUCAUGGGAUUUUUUUGAUCCGGUUUAUUCAGUGGAUUGUAUCAAGAUCCCAAAUGGUGAAUAUGCCAUGACGCAACAUUUUGGUAAAUUUGUGGGUUUAAGACAAAAUGGCCACCCUGGUGAAGAAGCUAAGGCAUCUCAGGAGUUGACUGAUGAUAAAUGUCAUUCAUUGGGAGUUGAAAAUAUUUCAAAUAGUGAAGUAUCACCUCAUAAAAAAUCUGCUGGAAAUAAAAUGGUUGUUAGCUCUUUCAACAAUUAUAUUUCCGAGAGGUCUGUAGAAUCAGCGCAAACCAAGGCAUGCAAAGUUAGGGGGAUUCAGCCUGAGUGCUGUGGCAUUAAUGGAUCAGCUGAAGCAAUGGAUAAAACAACUUCAAUUGUAUUAUGCAAAUCAAAGAUGGAGAAAGCAGAGACGGACAAACGAAGAGAAACUGAAAAGGAGAAUGCGUCUAUGUUGAUUAGUCAUGAGGCAAAGGAUUUUCUGUCAAGUGUAAAAGAUAUUGAGCAGAGGUUUCUUCGAGCAGCAGAGGCAGGCCAUGAGGUUUCGAGGAUGCUUGAGACAAAGAAGAUUCGACUGAGUAUUCACUCUGAGAUAUUAGGGAAAUCUUCUGAUUCUUUUCCGCCAGUCUUCCUUCUCUCAUGUUGCAAGGUAGAGAAUUUGCGAGAGCGAGAUACAAUCCAGCAUGUGACAAAGGUUAUUACAUGGAAACGCACAAUCUCUUCACGAUCAUCAUCAUCUAGAAAUCCAAUUACAUCAGCAUCAAAAGAUGAUGGUCCUGAGAGUGGUAAUGAUUUUGUUGAGGAAUUUAGCAUGAUUUCUGGUAGUCAUUCAUCCACUCUGGACAGAUUAUAUGCAUGGGAAAGAAAGCUAUAUGAUGAAUUAAAGGCUAGUGAAUCCAUUAGGAAGGCAUAUGAUCAAAAGUGCAAUCAGCUAAGGCACCAGUUUGCUAAAGGUGUGAAUCCCCGAGUUAUCGACAAGACACGAGCUACUGUAAAGGAUCUUCAUUCUCGUGUCCGAGUAAUGAUUCAAGCAGUUGAUUCGAUUUCUAGAAGAAUCGAGAAGCUGAGAGACGAAGAAUUGCAACCACAACUAGCAGAAUUGGUUCAAGGGUUGAUAAGAAUGUGGAAAGCCAUUCUUGAAUGUCAUCAAGCCCAGCACCUGGCAAUCUCAUCAGCUUACCUUGCUAAGAACUUGGCAGCAACAUCUCGAAAUGGCGAUUCCUAUAAGCAAGCAGACAUCAAUCUACAGAACGAGAUCGAAUGCUUUCGCUCGAGCUUUGUAACCUGGAUUGAUACUCACAGAUCAUACAGCGAAUCUCUGAAUGGCUGGCUCCAGAAAUGCAUACUGCAACCUCAAGAGCGUUUGAGAGGAAGAAAAGUACCAUUUUCGCCUCGCCGAGCCCUUGCUCCUCCAAUUUUUGUAUUAUGCCGCGAUUGGUUAGCUGGAAUCCAAAGGCUUCCUGUGGAAGAAGUUUGUGAUUCAUUGAAGAAGCUAAUAACAAUCUUAAGUGAAUUGCUCGAGGAGCAUCGGAAAGAUGAAAAACAAGAAGACAGAUCAGAGCAGGGAAAUGAUCAAAACAAGGAAGUUUAUCCUUGUAAAAGUUUGGUCAGGUUGCAAGAAAGCAUGACGAGUACAUUUGAAUGUUUGGUAAAAUUUUCAGAGGAAUCGGUGAAGGUUUACGAGGGUGUGAAGCAGGAAAAUCAGAAUGCUCGAGAUGCGUAUUUAACUAGCGAUUGGUUUAGAUUAUAGUUUGGAAUCAUAUUCUGGUUGGAGAAAUUUUGGAUUAGGGUAUUCUUACUUAAAUUUAAUCGAAAUGACUUUUGAAGUCUUUAAAUUUAUUUUGAGAUGGAUAAAAUAUGAUUAGAUUAUUGUAUUACAUCAAUCUCAAAAUAUUUAAUGAUUUUAAAGUACAUUGAAGUUUGGAUAUUCUAACCUAAAUUUUUCUAAUUUGAUUUUUUUUUUUUUUACUGAAUUAUGUUUUUGCUUGUAGUGGCUGCUUAUGUAGUUUAGAAUGAGUUGUAAGAGAUGAAAUAUCUAAUUGCUUGCAAAACAGCCAGAAUAAAUAUGAUUGCCUUUUGAAUGCUUAAAUUACUGCAUUCUAUUGUCCAUCAUCAUCAAUCAGAAAUUUAUAAGGAACGAGUUAUAUAAAAUGUUUAUUUAUAGAAAUGUUUUUUACUAUGGAUUGCGAUUUAUUUUUUAACGAAAGAACUUGAAAUGAUUAUUGAAUGAGUUAUUGAAAUUUAUAAUCCACCAUUGAAGGCUGAAUAACUUAUAAUUUUAGAUUCUAAGGCUACCUGGUACUGGAAAGAAACUUCUGGCAGUAAAUAUACUGUAAAGUUGAUGAACAUGCCGAAUAAACGUUUAAAAAACUAAAAGCAAAGCAAAUUAAUCACAAAAAACCAAUGGAACGGUAGAAACUCAAAUAACUUGAAAUUCAAUUCAAACAACAAUAGUUUCUCACAGAAAAUAGGUAAAAUAAAUACUGCACCUUCACCAAUCACCAAUCCAUAGUAGUAGAGAAAAAGUACUCUUUCAACAAACGGAAAAGAAAAAACA